AUGGCAGUGGACAGGUCGAUUUCUUUUCACUCCCCGCAACACAAGCAUAGAUCAGCUCCUCGAGCUGGUUUGCGCUGCAAUUUGGUCAAUAUUUAUCGAAAAGAAGUCGCGCUCAAGGGAACGGCAAAUGGAAGCUCCCGUUUGCAUCCUGAAGCGAGCAAUCCGUCGCUAGCUGAAAUUCCAGACAGUUUGCCAAAGAGCAAAUGCGUAGAGGAGGACGGUGACGUAGAGGACCCGACGCUGCACGAUCAGAUCGACGCAUGCGGAUGGGGACGAUUUCAGCUGAUAUCUUUGACGGCAUUUGUCUUGUUUAUUGUUUCGGAUGGAAUGGAGAUGAAUAUCAUCAACCUUGCCUGGAAGGCACUGCCGAAGGAAGAAUGGAAGAUGGAGGAUAGCUUUCGCUCGCUGCUGAUCAGCGGGCCGAACUUCGGGUUUUUCUUCGGUGCACUGGUGGGUGGGUGGGUCGGCGACAUCAUAGGGCGACUUGCUGUGAUUUACAUUCACGGAGCCAUCUUCGUCCCAAUCAGUAUCUUGUCAGCCUUUUCACAAGGAAAGUACACCCUGCUCUUUUCAAGAUGCCUUGUUGGGUUCUCCAUGGGCCUUGUGUUUCCCACAGCUGUCGUACUCAUGGCUGAAUUCUCUACAUCAAAGCAGAGGAGCAGAUCUGUCCUCGUCAUCCCUGCCAUCGCGUUUCCGCUAGGAUCAACGAUUGUUCUGACUUGGGGCAUGUUCUUGAUGAGCGGAUACUCGUGCACCACCAACUGUCCGUGGUGGCGAGGAACUCUCCUUGCAGGAGUGUUGCCGGAUAUCAUUGGACUGAUUCUCGUCUACUACUUUGUGCCUGAGUCGCCGUUCUUCCUCUUGUACAAGGGAAGGACAGACGAGCUGCACAAAGUGCUGAACUACAUCGCCUUCACCAAUCAAGCCAGCGACAAGUUGAUCAAAGGGGGAAGGGUGAAGAAGAUCGAGAGCGCCGGCGACAAGUCUGAUUCUUCAAAGUCGUCAUGGAGGAAGCAGAUUCGUGACAUAACUUCGGAGCCUUUGCGUGGAAUCAUCAUAUGCUUGGUCUGUGUCUGGAGCUUCUUGGCGUUCGGCAUGUUUGGACAUGUUUACAUGUAUCCCAUUUUGCUGGAGCACCAAGUCUUCAAGUACCUGUCUUCGACUCACUUUCUCCCUCCUCACUCUCUCGUAAGGCUCGACGCGUGGUGGAGGUUCGCGCUCAUGCUCACUCUCACUCUCGCGGAGUUUCCGACUGUUCUCGUGUCGAUGACUCUUGUCAAGCAUAAGUCUUUCGGCCGGCGCUACGCUAUCAUGACCAUGGCGUUCAUAGCUGCUUGUAUCGCGAUCCUGUGUGUUUGUCUGAAGGCCUCUUACCAGCUGAUGUACGUGUAUGCUCCCUCCAUCCUCCCUACCUCCCACAGAAACCAAGGCAUGGCCAUCGGCAACGGCAUCUCAAAGCUCGUCGGUCUAUCUGCAGCCUUCGUGAUCGUCACCAUCAUCACAGUCUGGGAGGGCUGGGCCUUCAUUGCAAUCGCCUGUGCUUUAUCGCUCGCGCUGUUCGUUCUGUCCCUGUCCCCGGACGCAGGAGAUGUUCUCAUGGAUACGAUCGAGUCAAACGCGUAG